UAAGACACUCUCUCGAGCCACGUAAAUUGUAUUUUUUUCUGGCGAAUUUCGGUUUUUAAUUAGAGAAUUAAGUGUUUAUAGUGCAAUCAAUCAUGCCGCUGAGAUUAGAUAUAAAGAGAAAGCUAACAUCGCGGUCGGAUCGUGUCAAAUCCGUGGAUUUGCAUCCCACAGAGCCAUGGAUGUUGUGUGCACUCUACAAUGGUCAUGUACACGUCAUGAACUACGAGAAUCAGCAAUUGGUGAAAGACUUUGAGGUUUGCGACUUGCCAGUGCGAUGUGCGCGUUUCGUGACACGCCGAAAUUGGGUAAUCACGGGUAGCGACGACAUGCAGAUCCGCGUUUUCAACUACAACACACUCGAAAAAGUACAUUCCUUUGAGGCGCACACGGAUUACGUGCGUUGCAUUGCCAUCCAUCCGACACAACCGCUGAUCCUCACGAGCAGCGAUGAUAUGCUGAUCAAAUUGUGGAAUUGGGAGAAAAUGUGGUCGUGUCAGCGCGUUUUCGAGGGACACACGCACUACGUCAUGCAAGUUGUGUUCAAUCCGAAGGAUAAUAAUACGUUUGCCAGCGCUUCGCUCGAUCGCACCGUCAAAGUGUGGCAAUUGGGCUCAAAUGUGGCCAACUUUACGCUCGAAGGUCACGAAAAGGGCGUCAAUUGUGUCGACUACUAUCACGGCGGUGAUAAGCCGUAUUUGAUUUCCGGUGCCGACGAUCGUUUCGUCAAAAUUUGGGAUUAUCAGAAUAAAGCGUGCGUGCAAACGCUCGAGGGACAUGCUUCCAAUAUCUCAGCUGUCGCAUUCAGUCCCGAUCUCCCAAUUUUGUUCACGGGAUCCGAAGAUGGAACAGUGCGCGUUUGGCAUUCCAACACUUAUCGCUUGGAAACGUCUCUCAAUUACGGCUUUGAACGUGUUUGGGCCAUCGCAUGCAUGAAAGGCACCAAUAACAUCGCUCUCGGGUAUGACGAAGGCUCAAUUAUUAUAAAAGUGGGCAGAGAGGAACCCGCAAUGUCCAUGGAUGUCAACGGAGGGAAAAUUGUGUGGGCGAAACACUCGGAAAUGCAACAAGUCAACCUCAAAGCGUUGCCCGAAGGCACGGAAAUUAAAGACGGCGAACGGUUGCCCGUUAAUGUCAAGGAUAUGGGAGCUUGCGAAAUUUAUCCACAAACGAUUGCUCACAAUCCGAAUGGAAGAUUUGUCGUUGUUUGUGGCGAUGGAGAAUACAUUAUCUAUACAUCGAUGGCGUUGCGUAAUAAGGCAUUCGGAUCAGCACAAGAGUUCGUUUGGGCAUUGGAAAGUAGCGAAUAUGCCAUUCGUGAGACUUCGGGAGCUGUCAAAUUAUUCCGUAACUUUAAGGAACGCAAGAGUUUCACACCAGAUUAUGGAGCGGAAGGAAUUUACGGCGGAUACCUUCUCGGAGUAAAAACAUCCUCCGGUCUGACAUUCUACGAUUGGGAGAAUUUAGAGCUCAUUCGUCGUAUCGAAGUUCAACCACGUCACAUUUUCUGGAACGAAUCUGGCAGUUUGGUCUGUAUGGCGACAGAAGACUCGUAUUUCAUCUUGAGCGUCAACACGGAAAUGAUUCAAGCUGCGAUCGAAGCUAAGCAACCGUUGGGCGAUGAUGGUUUAGAAGAAGCUUUUGAUGUUCUUGGCGAAGUAAAUGAAGUCGUAAAAACGGGAUUGUGGGUCGGUGAUUGUUUCAUCUACACAAAUGCCGUUAAUCGCAUCAAUUAUUACGUCGGCGGUGAAAUUGUGACAAUUUCGCACUUGGAUCGUACAAUGUACUUGCUCGGCUACGUACCGAAGGACAAUCGUCUCUACAUGGGCGACAAAGAGCUGAACGUGACGAGUUUCUCGCUGCAAUUAUCCGUGCUGGAGUACCAGACUGCCGUGAUGCGACGUGACUUUGAGACUGCCGAUCGUGUACUUCCAACGAUUCCAAAGGAGCAUCGUACACGUGUAGCACACUUUUUGGAAAAACAGGGCUUCAAAGAACAAGCUCUCCAAGUUUCCACAGAUCCCGAACAUUGCUUCGAACUUGCCUUAUCCAUUGGUAACUUGACUGUUGCUCAUGCACUCGCCAAGGAAUCGAAUAAUCCACAGAAAUGGUCACAACUCGCCGAAAAGGCAACGAGCCAAAAUAAAUUUGAAUUGGUGCAGGAAUGUCUAACGAAGGCGAACGAUUUUGGCAGUUUACUCAUGUUGGCAACUUGUUCCGGUGACCAAAAACUGUUGAAACACGUUGGCGACGAGGGCUUACAACAAGGCAAAUUCAAUAUUUCAUUCGUGUCAGCAUUCCUCCUUGGCAAUUUAGAAGAAUGUUUGGAGAUCCUCAUUCAAACCAAUCGAAUUCCUGAGGCCGCCUUCUUUGCAAGAACGUAUUUACCAAACAAAAUUUCUUACGUACUCGAAUUGUGGCGCGCUGAAGUCGAUAAAGUCAAUAAAAAGGUUGGACAAAGUCUAGCAGAUCCCGAAAAAUAUGACAAUUUAUUCCCCGGCUUUCAUGAUUCCAUCAAAACGCAGCAGUAUUUAUUGAAAGAAAAGAACCUUUUGCCAGCUCAUCAAGCAUCGCAAGUCCCUCUUAACAUAACAAGAAACGCUGUUGAAGAAAUGAAACUCGCCGAGGCCCGAGGAGAGUUUGACUACGAAACCAAUCCGAGCAAGUCAAAAGAUGGCGGAGAACCAAGUUUACUGGGAGAAGACAAUAACGGCAUUAAUCCCUUCAUGAAUGCAACGACGUCACAUUUGGUCUCACAUGUGAAAGAGCAAAUAAUUGGAAAUGGCAACCCAACAGAGCUGCUACAUCCAGAACUACCGAAACGAAAGAGCUCCCUUGACGAAUACGAGUUCGAAAUUGAUCAGGACCUUAAAGAGCUCAGUAUAGGUGACCAAGAAAAUACGAAAGCCCUCAAUCUAGACGAAGAGGAUGAAGAUCUAGAACUAAGCGAUUAGUAUAAGAAUUAUAUAAAAAAACAGUAAAAAAAAAUGUAACUAAAGUAUAAUGAACUUCAUGAUAUCAUUAAAUACAAAAAAAAACAAGAGAGCAAAACCUGAUGAACUGAGGGAAACGUUUCUUUUGAGCAAUGGCAGAAGAUUUUAAUUUUCAUCGCAUUUUUAAGUUUCUUUGUAUAAAUGUUGAAAAAACUUAUGAAAUUUCCGGAUAUAAUAAAUUUAUAUUGCAUACUAUUA